GCGCAUGCGCGAGGGCGCUGUCGGCCGGAAGGCAGGCAGAGGAGCGGCGGCUGCAGGCGCCAGACGGCGCGCUGGCGGCGGGCAAAACGCGGCUGUGAGAUGGGGCCUCCGGAGAGCGCCCGGGAGUCCGCCGGGGAGCCCUCCGGUCAGAGGGACCCCGGGCUGCCGCUGACGGAGCCCGCGCCUUCGGGCGCAGAGGAGGAGUCAGCGGACGCCACGGCGACGGGGGCGAACGGCCGCGGCCGAUGCGGGCGCUGCCUUCCCUCGCCGUGCGGCUCGCGCGCGGAGCCGGAAGCCAAGAAGAAAGCUCCCUGUCCUGGACUUGGCUUGUUUUACACAUUAUUGUCUGCCUUCCUUUUCUCAGUGGCCUCUUUAUUUGUAAAAAAAGUGCAAGACGUCCAUGCUGUAGAAAUUAGUGCAUUUCGAUGUGUGUUCCAAAUGCUAGUUAUUAUUCCUUGCUUAAUAUACAGAAAAGCUGGGUUUAUAGGCCCAAAAGGUCAACGACGUUUCCUCAUUCUCAGAGGAGUCCUUGGUUCUUCUGCCAUGAUCCUUUUAUACUAUGCUUUCCAGACAACGUCCCUCGCAGAUGCCAUGGUUAUCUCCUUUAGCUGCCCAGUGUUUACAUCUCUGUUUGCUUGGAUAUUUCUCAAGGAAAAGUAUAGCCUUUGGGAUGCUUUCUUCACCUUGUUCACAAUCACUGGAGUGAUCCUUAUCGUGAGACCACCAUUUUUAUUUGGUUCCGACACUUCGGGGAUGGAAGGAAGCUAUUCAGUCCACCUUAAGGGAACAUUUGCAGCUAUUGGACAUGCUGUGUUUGCUGCAUUGACUCUAGUUAUCCUAAGAAAAAUGGGAAAAUCUGUGGACUACUUUCUGAGCAUUUGGUAUUAUGUCAUACUGGGCCUCGCUGAAAGUAUUGUCGUCCUCUUUAUACUAGGAGAAUGGAGUCUGCCUUACUGUGGGCUGGACAGGCUGUUUCUCAUACUCAUCGGGCUCUUAGGUUUGGGGGGUCAGGUAUUUAUCACAAAGGCAGUUCAGGUAGAAAAAGCAGGACCUGUAGCAAUAAUGAAAACAAUGGAUGUGGUCUUUGCUUUUAUCUUUCAGAUUAUUUUCUUUAAUGAUAUACCAACCUGGUGGACAGUGGGUGGUGCUAUCUGCGUAGUAGCCAGUAGUACUGGAGCGAUUGUUCGCAAAUGGUUUCAGAGUUCCAAUUAAGUAUCACUGCUGAAAUUUAGAUUUUUUUUUAAACAUACCAUAAACCAGUUGAGACAUACCACUCACAUACACACAUAACUGGAAAAUGCAUUUAUUCCUCAAUCAUAUUUAAUAAAUUUUAUAAAUAAACAACCGUUUUUUUAAAAAAAACUAUGGUAUGUUUUCAAUUAAGAAUAGCUACUCUGGUGUAGAAAGUUUUGUUAUUUUGAUUUUUUUGGGGGGGAGGUACUGGCGAGGAGAAAGGUCAUUAUUUGAAAUAAAACUACAAAAAAUUUAUGACUAAUAUAUAUAAUUUUUAGAUAUAUUUUUGGUACACAUAGGAGAUGGGUUGGGAAAAUUUUAGAUAUUCUUUUAGUGGUGAGGAACCUAAGAAACUUACAAUGCUGCUAUCGUUAGUCUUACGUUAGUUCAUUUGCAACAUAAUUCCUUCUAGGAUGCCAAAGCUGAAUUUGGUAUAGGUGCCUACGUACUGGUAUUAAUAUAAAUGAGUUGCCUUAUUUUCAAGGGUUUUAUAAAUGAUUAUCACACUUAACUCAUACCUGUGCCUUUUCAUUUUAAUGCUAGGAUUUUUAUAUGUGACUCCUGAAAGGUCUUUAAAUUGCCAAAUUUGGUGACUAUUUCUAUACUAAAUUUGGUGAAUAAUUUUCUGUUUCAAUGGCAUUAGCAACUAGCUAUCAUUUUGUAAUUUUAGUUGUCCUCUGUUUUAUUGAAACUGCUUAAUUUAUUUUAAGGUUUCAAGAUUUCUAAUCUUUAAGUCACAAUCCAGAAAUCUUGGCAUGACCAAUGUGCACAUUUACGUCCUGAAAUGUUUUCUCCUCACUUGAGAUGUGGUUUUCUAUAAAUUCUCUUUGAUUUAUAUAGUAUGAUGCCAAAUAAAAUUUUCUCAGGAUCUUAUUAGGUUGAACAGUAUGAAAUUGCAAAGAUUUGACCAUUUUAAUAGAUGAAACCCAUAGUUUCAUAAGGGUCACUUUGAUAGAUUGUCUCCCUGUGUUGCUGAAUCCAACACUUGGAGAACUUUGGACUAUAAAUUUUUAAAAUAAUUUUAGAAGCUGGGUAUGGUGGCGCACUCCUGUAAUCCUGGCACUUGGGAGGCUGAGGCAGGCGGAUCAUUGCAAGUUUGAGAGGAGCCUGGGCUAGAAAGUGAGCCCAAUUCCAGCCUAAACUGCAUAGUGAGACCCUGUCUCAAAAAGACAAAAAAAAAUUUUUUUUUUGAAGUGCAGUUCUGCUAUUUAACUUUCUAUUAUAGUCUUUUUCCUCUGUGAAAUUAUACUUAAAAAUGCUUAUGUUAAACAUUAAAGAUAUGUGAAUAUACAGUUGAUUGACUUUAUAGUUUGUUACAUAGAAAAAAACACUUGGUAAAUUAUCAGCAUGAUGUUAAGUCAAGCAGCAUCAUGAUAGUAAAGUCACAAAUUCAUACUAUGUGUUCUUUAUCUGGAGCAUCAUCCAGCCACUACUCUGCAGUUACAUUGAAUUUGCAUCAAGGAAAGCAUGGGAGGUUAAUUAGGAUAUAGGACCUACAUGCACAUUUUACUUUGCCACAGUGAACUCAUGAGUAAGGCCUUUGUGCCUCCAACUGAAUCAGAUAGUUAUUGAUAUCUUAAGGUGAAGAGUUGAAAAGCUUUAAGCUGUUUGCCACCUCAACAUGAUUCUUCUAAAGUAAAUAACUUGCUUCUAGGAUUAAUGCCUAGUUGAGAAAGGAUCUUUUCCAGUAGUUCCAAGGGACAACUUUAGGCAUGCGGAUUUUAACUAGUACUUUCAACCUGACAUAUCCUAAAUUAAGUUUGUGUAGGUGAGUCAUCUCAAUCACAUCUUUUACCUAACAGUACAGGAAUUUAUAGACUUGGAAAAGUAUUGUUUUGCAAAUGUAUAAUUAAUGGAAUCGGCAUUUUAGAGCUCAGAGAUAUCUUAGAAAUUGUCUAUUAGGAGCCAUGCUCUAAAGGUAGAAAUGACAAGGAAGAAACUUGCUCAAGGUAGAUUCCCAUGGCCUUAUUCGUUAGUUGCCUCAUGAAGUGUGGAAAGUGAGCCACCGUGGAGCUACCUGAGGUGGAUCAACUCUCUGAUUUUCUAUUUUGCUUAAUGAAAGAAUCUCAGACCUUGAAAGUUAGUUGAUUUUCUAUUUUGCUUAAUGAAAGAAUCUCAGACCUUGAAAGUUAAAUUCCUUUGGUCCUAGACUAGAUACACUAGAGACAUGUUUUAUUUCAACACUGUUGAAGGCUUAUAUACUUGAAUUUCACAAUAUAUGACUAAAGUUAGAGAAAAUGUUUCUUCCAAUUUACAGGGUAUGAUUCUGCAACACAAUGUCCAAAGUAUAUAAAUUGUAAUGAUUUUAAGUGUGUAUAUUUUGUAAAGGUUGCAGUUGCUAUAUCUUCCAAAGGAAAUAUUUUCAUAACUUGUUUUUAUAAGUAUUAAUAAAAUCAUAUGAAAGAAAGCUAUAUGUUGGUUUUUAUGACUAGAAAAUACCUAAUGUAACAUCCUUUUGAACCAUGUGUUUUAAAAUUCAUUUUCUGUAGGAGACAUAUCUAGCCAUUGAGCUGGGAUGUAAUCUCAAAUUUCAAACUGUUUAUAUUUUUUUCUUACACUGUCAUAUCUAACCUAACAUCUCCAAAAUAAAGACACUAAUUUGUUCAA